CCAAAAACCAUGGAGUCGCGAGUGUUGUCACGCGCCACCGCCUUCGCCUCCUCCGUCCCCUCCCUCCGUAAGUCGUCCCCGCGCCACCCCGCCGCAGUCUCUUUCGCCGCCUCGCCUCGCCGCCCGAUCGGCGCCGUCAGCGAGGGCGGGAACUUGAUCUGGGGGAGGCAGCUCCGUCCGGCGCUGCUCCUCGAGGCCUCGCCGUCGCCGUCGAGGAGGGACGCUCUCAAGCCGUGCCGUGCCGCCGCCGCCGGGGGUAGCGAUUCCGCCGGAGAAGCGAAGCCCGCUCCGGUCGGGUUCCUCGGGAAGUACCCGUGGCUGGUCACCGGCUUCUUCUUCUUCAUGUGGUACUUUCUGAACGUGAUUUUCAACAUUUUGAACAAGAAGAUCUACAACUACUUCCCGUAUCCAUACUUUGUGUCGGUGAUACACUUGGCAGUUGGGGUGGUUUACUGUCUGAUCAGCUGGGCCGUUGGCCUUCCUAAGCGCGCUCCUAUGGACUCGAACCAAUUGAAGUUGCUCAUCCCUGUUGCGGCGUGCCACGCACUCGGGCACGUCACCAGCAAUGUCUCAUUUGCAGCCGUUGCUGUCUCAUUCACACACACCAUCAAAGCUCUUGAGCCAUUUUUCAAUGCCUCUGCUUCUCAAUUCAUACUUGGACAAUCAAUCCCCUUGUCCUUGUGGUUGUCUCUGGCUCCUGUUGUUCUUGGUGUGUCAAUGGCAUCACUCACUGAGUUGUCAUUCAACUGGCUUGGAUUCAUUAGUGCUAUGAUUUCAAAUAUCUCCUUCACUUAUAGGAGUAUCUAUUCAAAGAAAGCCAUGACUGAUAUGGAUAGUACCAAUUUGUACGCUUACAUUUCAAUCAUCGCACUCUUUUUCUGCCUUCCACCUGCUCUCAUUUUGGAGGGACCUCAACUGCUUAAGCACGGCUUUGCUGAUGCAAUUGCUAAAGUAGGCCUUGUCAAAUUCAUUACUGAUCUCGUCUGGGUGGGGUUGUUUUACCAUCUCUACAAUCAGCUGGCCACCAACACCCUUGAGAGAGUGGCACCUCUUACACACGCAGUUGGAAAUGUGUUGAAACGUGUGUUUGUGAUUGGGUUCUCAAUCGUAAUCUUUGGUAACAAGAUUUCAACACAAACUGGUAUUGGAACGGCCAUUGCAAUUGCUGGAGUUGCUAUCUACUCUUACCUCAAGGCCAAGAUAGAGGAAGAGAAACGACAAGCAAAAGCUGCAUGAGAAGAAAGGAAGAAUGGGACAUCGAGGAAAUCUCACAUUGUAAAUUUCAUGAAUUUCCUUCAGGUUGGAAUGGCAGAUUGAGUAUCUAUUAUCUAUGUCAGAGUUUGUUCAAUUUCCUCUUCCCUUUUUCCCGCAUUGAUUCAGAAUACAAACACAUUCUAAUUUUCAAUGGUCUCAAUAAUGUAUCAAUUUAAUCUGCCCCUCAUAUAGAGCUCUUAAUCUUGAAGUCUCCCAUUGACA